AUGGAAACAGAAAACCACCUCAUCAAGAGCCUCAUCAUUUCGCUCGGCUUUUCCGCCGACUCAGUUAAGCGUUACCUGCAGUUGGCCGACCAAAAUACAGUUGCGGAUCGUAAGGUGGCCAUUCCGGCCGCGAUGGGGCGCCCACUUAGGGCGCCCGCGGUAGCCUCCAACCGAUCUCCUUGCUCAACAUCAUCGUCGCAAGUGACACCUAGCGUCCCUGUUGAGGGAAAAGACUCGGUUAAACAGCCCUUGUUAGGAGCAACCAAUGUGUACUUCGGCCAUUCCGGCAGCAAAGGGGUGGCUAGUCGAGGCGCCCUCGGUGACCUCCUGCCAAUCUCCGUGCUCAACAUCGUCGCAGGUGACAUCUAG